AUGGAUAAACAUAAAUAUCGUUUAGAAAUACAGCAGAUGAUGUUUGUCUCAGGGGAAACGAAUGAGGCCCCCGUGGAGACUACGUCUUUGAUUGAAGAUAUAGUGAGAGGACAAGUCAUAGAAAUACUACUACAGUCAACAAAGACAGCCCAGAUGCGUAACAGUAAAUCAAUUUUACCAGAAGACGUAAUAUUUCUUAUUAGACAUGAUAAGGCUAAGGUAAACCGUCUUAGAACGUAUCUUUCAUGGAAAGAUUUGCGUAAAAAUGCUAAAGAUCAAGAUGCAGCGGCAGCAGCAGGGUCAGGUUCAGGUCCUGGGGGAAUCGAAGAUGAUGAAAAGAAGGCUGGUCCUGAAAAGGAUGAGAAAGAAGGGGGUAAUGUCAUGAAAGUAAAGAAAUCUCAGAUCAAACUACCUUGGGAGUUGCAAUUCAUGUUCAAUGAACAACCCCUGGAAAAAAACGAGGACGACGAUGAGCUGGACGAAGAUGAAAGGGAAGCAAAUAUGGCAACUCUAAAAAGGUUGAAAACUGCUGAUGAUCGUACUAGAAAUAUGACUAAAGAGGAAUAUGUCCAUUGGUCUGACUGUCGACAAGCAAGUUUUACAUUUAGAAAAGCUAAAAGAUUCAAGGAAUGGUCAGGAAUAUCUCAGCUUACAGACAGUAAACCACACGACGAUGUGAUUGAUAUUCUAGGUUUCCUGACAUUCGAAAUUGUUUGCUCUUUAACCGAAACUGCCUUAAGAAUUAAAAAACAAGGACAAAUACUACAGCUUCAAAAAAACAAGUCUCAAAAAUCUGCUCCUGACUUGAAAUUGGAGAUUACUAAUAUACAUAGGAAAAAGAGACUUUUUGAUGGUCCUGAUAAUGUAGCGAACCCACUUAAACGGAAACAUGUGGAAGAGGCGUGGAGAAUACUUCAAACCAUAGAUAUGAAGCACAGAGCAUUGACGAAUUUUAGAGGUGGUAAAUUAAACUCAAGACCAGUUAUUAUGUAG